AUGGAGACGAAUGAGUUGCAUGAGGUUAGUUUGAGGAACUCACGAUUGUAAAAGCUGGUAUUCUUUAUUUCAGUUUGGUAUAAAUGAUGAACAGGAAGUUUCAAAAUGCGGAUUGUGUGAAAAGACAUUUGCAAGCUUGCGAGGUCUUCAACAACAUAUCGGAAUUCACAGCGAAUUCAAACCAUAUCAAUGUGAUGUUUGUGCGAAACGCUUCAAAUUCAAAUCCAACAUGUAUGAGCACAGAUCAAUUCACACCGGAUUUCACCCUCACAAAUGCCCGUUUUGUGACAAAACUUUUCGAUUGAAAGGAAAUAUGAAGAAACAUAUGAGAACUCAUGUUAGCUCAAAUGAAGAACUCGAACAAGUAUUUCGCCCAUUUGCUCACAACAAUCGUAGCCAUUAUUCCCCACCGCCUCCGCCGCCACCGGAACCACCAAAAUUCGCCGAUCAACAUGAAAUCAAACCGCGAACAUCUAGAAGUCUGAAACUUGGUCGAAAUUCGACGAAAUGGAUCGAAAUGUUGAUACGAAAUGAGCUUUUGCCAAUUUCGACGAUUGAGGAAAAAUUGGAACACGUGAAGGAUUUGGUGGUUUUUAACGGGGAAGAGGAAAAUAAUGUGGAUACGCUUUUUGAGGAUUGUAAAAGCAUCGAAUUCGAAAUGUAUGUUUCUUUUAGUAUUUGAGAGGGGGAGGGUAAGGAUUUCGAUUUAUGACGUGGCAAGUUCGAAAAAAAGUUUCUUGAAUUUUUUUUUCAUUUUUCGAGCCAAAUUUCAUAAUUUCAGUCUGAAAUUGAUUAUAAAUCGUUUGUUGAGAAUAUUUGGAUUAUUUUCUUCAAAGGAAACUUUUUUGGCAAACCUUUCUUUCGGUCAAAAAUUUGUAAAUCUGGAAGGUCUUCCAGUUCUACAAAUCCAUCAUUUUUCGAGCCAAAUUUCACGAUUUCAUUCUGAAAUUGAUUGGAAUUCAUUUGUUGAGCAAUAUUCAAAGAAAAAACUAUUUUUUGAUCAACUUUUUGUCUUUCAAAUAAUUUUUUCCACGUGUAAUAAAAUCCCCUCAUUUUCCAGCUACAAUUGUCCAUUUUGCAAAACAAAAUGUCGCGGAAAACUCGCCUGCGACUCUCACAUUCGCAAAACUCACGCGAAAAUUCGCGAAAACGACGAAUGGUUUUGCGACACGUGCGUUCGCCAUUUCACCAGCGAAAAUAUUUAUUUACAACAUCAAAGUUAUCAUACACGAAUUCAAUUGAUGCUUCAGAAUAACCAUGUUAAGGUAACUCUUUUUGAACAAGGAUUUUCAUGGUAAAUACAAAAUAUUCCAGGCUUUCGAUAAUCCAACUGUUUCAAUCGAUCAGAUAGCUUAUCACCGUCUUGAUUUUUCCAACAACAAUCAUCAAGAGAUCUAA